AUGACCAGAUCUACCAUAAUAAGGCCGCUACGGCAGGCCUUGUCUAGACCAUUGGUCCAACCAUCACGAAAUACCCUAGCAGGUAUCGUGAGCGCCCGCACGCAAGCCUCGUUUACUAACUAUGUCCUCAAUCCCCGCGAAGAGAACGAGGUCCGACUUCCCAGAGCCGUCCAAGCCCUCUACCUCCAGCCCCUGCGACGAGAAGCACAGUAUGGAGUUCCCUCGUGCGAUCUACAGCUGCGGUCUUUCAGCAUCCCUAACCUCGAGUUCUUCUGCGACUUUGCGCUCCGAGCCGCAUAUUACCUGAACCUCCCGGCAUUCGGCCCGGUACCUCUUCCUAAGAUCAUAGAGCGAUGGACGGUACCAAAGAGUCAUUUCAUCUUCAAGAAGUCGCAAGAGAACUUCGAGAGGGUCACAAGGAGGAGAUUGAUACAGAUCAGGGACGGGCAUCCCGAGACGGUGCAGAUCUGGCUAGCCUACCUGCAGAAGCAUGCAUACUACGGUAUCGGUAUGAAGGCAAAUGUCUGGGAGUUUGACAGCAUUGGCACUGGUAAGAAGACAGAUGCACAAGAGAAGUCUCUACAGGAGAUAGUAGAACAGAAGAUGGAGAGCUUUGGCAGAGACAAGACAUUAGGCACGGUAGAAAAGGUGAAGGAGUUGCUGGCCAGCGAGAGACAGCAAAGACGUAACGAGUCUACUAUUGCCAGCGAUGUCAGUCCCGAUGUCAGUCCCGAUGUCCUGACCGAUCUCCUGGCCGAUGUCAGUACCGAUGACAGUACCGAUGAGCAAGGGGAGAUAGCAAACGAACGCAAGCCCAGAGUCAUCUUCUCCGGCAUCCAGCCCACGGGUGUUCCACACCUAGGAAACUACCUAGGAGCAUUAAAGCCAUGGAAAAAGCUUCAGGACGACGCGGAGCCCGAGGACAAACUAUUCUUCUCCGUCGUAGACCUACACGCCAUCACCAUGCCCCAAGACGCCAGUAGCCUACGUCUACGUCGCCGCGAGAUGCUAGCCUCGCUACUGGCCGUCGGUCUCGACCCGGAUAAAGGGUCUACGAUAUUCUUCCAGAGCUCCGUGCCCCAGCAUACCGAGCUCAUGUGGAUUCUCAGCUGCACCGCGUCGAUGGGGUAUCUGGGGAGGAUGACGCAGUGGAAGAGUAAACUCCAGAUUAAAAACAAGGCAGUCGAUCUCGACGAAGCAGCCAUGAAGAAUCUAAAGCUAGGCCUGUUCUCCUACCCCGUGCUCCAAGCAGCCGAUAUCCUGGUGCACCGCGCAACCCACGUCCCCGUCGGCGACGACCAGCGGCAACACCUCGAGUUCGCGCGCGAGUGUGCCACGAAUUUCAACCACACGUUCAAGAAAAUCCUCGUCCCGCCCGAGACUAUGACUAGCCCCUACCCCCGCAUAAUGUCCCUCUCCAACCCCGAAUGCAAAAUGUCAAAAUCAACACCCAACUGGCGCUCCCGGAUAUCCAUCACCGCGCCCCCCGCCGAGAUCCGCACGCGCAUCAAGAGCGCCGUAACCGACAACCUCGGCCCCGUAACCUACGACCCCGAAUCCCGGCCCGGCGUCUCCAACCUCCUGCGGCUCCUAUCGCAGUGCAGCAGCAGCAGCUCCCAGGAAGAACUCCGCCAUCUGCCCCCCGAGGAGCUGGCGCGCCAGCUCGAGGGCGCCUCGCUCAAGGAGCUGAAGGAGCUCGUGACGGAGGCUGUGUGUGGAGAGCUGCGCGGCAUGAAGGAGCGGCAUAGCGAGUUUUUGAAUCGGAAGGGGGGUAAGUGGCUUGAUGAGCUGGAGGCGGAGGGCGCCGAGGUGGCGAGGCGGAAUGCGGAGGAGACGAUGAGGAUGGUGAGGGAUGCGGUUGGCUUGGGGCUGGGGCCGCCGCCUAUCUAG